AUGAUAGAAUCAAAACUUUCUUCAUCAUUAUCUAUUCUUAUCGGAUCAUUUAAUACUCAUAAAUGUUAUCCUCCUACUGACAUCAAUCUUUCUUCAUGGCUAAUUCAUCAAUCUAUUAGUCCUCAUAUUAUUGCUAUAGGUCUUCAAGAAUUACCAUUCAGUUUUUUGUUUCUUAGAAACAAAUCUGAAUAUCAAUGGAUAAAAUUAAUUGAAAAAACUUUACCUAAUUAUAAAUUACUUUCUCGUAUACGAUUAAAUGGAAUAAUUCUUGUCAUUUAUAUUCAAUCAUCAUAUUUCGAUCAAUGCUCAGCAAUUGCUACUGCUCAAGGUUUUAUGAAUUUAUAUGGAAAUAAAGGUGCCGUUGGUGUUCGAUUUGAAUUUAAUCAAACAUCUUUAUGUUUUAUAAAUUGUCAUUUAUCAGCCGGUGAAAGUUCUAAUGCAUUUCUUUUACGAAAUAAACAAUAUUCAUUAAUUCAUCAAUCUAUGUUAUUUAAAUCUCAAUGUAAUCAAUAUCAAUGGUGGAAUAUAAAUGAUCAUAAUGGAAUAUUUUUGUUUGGUGAUUUAAAUUAUCGUCAAACAAAAACAAAUCAAGAUGAAUUAAAAGAAAAAACAAAUAUAUUAAAAACAUAUUCGGAAUCAGAUAUUAAAUUUCCACCAACAUAUAAAUAUAAACUGAAUUCAAAUUCAUAUAAUAUCUUACGACGUUCAUCAUGGACAGAUAGAAUAUUAUAUCGAACUAACCAAUGUCAUGUAGAAUCAAUUAAUUAUUGGACAACAUCGAUGAUUAAAUUUAGUGAUCAUCGACCUAUUGCUAAUUUAUUUUUAUUAUUACGUUUAAUUCGUUGA